AUGGAGAACAAAACCAUCCUCUCCAUCGACAUCGACGCCGAGAAGGCAGCCCUAGACAGUGUCGCAAAAGAUGUCGGAGCCAACACAACAUCUAUCGACGCUGACAGGGUCGUCAUGCAGAAGAAUCUCCUUGCUGCAGCGGGAAAUGAAGCCCGCGUCCUGACUUUGAGCGAAUACAAAGAAGCCGCAUACUCUCUGGCUUUGGCCUUCAAGGAAGACCAUACGAGUCUGUACUUCACCCAUACUCCUGACCGUGCUCAUUGGUCGGAGGAGCAGAAGUGGGAGCUACAUUUAAAGAUGAUGGAGUACAUCACGUAUGCCCACUUGCUGAAAGGGCUGGUAGUCAGUGCCGGGCCAAACUACGACUGCGUGGCUCUUUGGAUGCCACCCGGCGAGAACAUGGACGACUAUCCCACCAUGCUUCGCUCUGGGAUGUGGCGCCUGAGCUACCUCCUAAGUCGCGAAGGCCGCAAGCGUUUCUUCGAUGAAUUCCUGCCUCUUCUGAACGAUACCAAAGCGCUGAUCAUGGGCGAGCGUGACCAGGACAGCUGGUAUCUCGUCUACAUUGGCACGAAGCCUAGUGGACGCGGGAAGGGGUAUGCGAGGAAGGUAAUCGAUUACGUUACCGCCACCGCCGACAAGGAGGGCAAGGCGUGCUAUCUGGAGAGCUCGAGCUACGUCAACCAGAUCAUCUAUGGGAAGAUGGGGUUCGAGUUGAGGAAGCAUGUGUACUUGCAGAGGGAGAGGGAGCAUGUCCAGUUGGACAUUAUGGUCAGAGAGCCAAAGAGAGAGACGGACGGGGAUUCCGGAGUUGACGUCAAGUGA